UAUUCGCUUAAAAAGGCGCAUAGUGAUAGAUGUCCUCAACUCCAUGCAGAAUCAUGUUCUUCUAUGUGGCUGCAAAAAUUUUCUUUUUGAUUAGUUUUGAAAGAGCAGCGUCGUCCUCCACAGAAAAUGGUUUGCAGGAAAACAAACUUCAGUGCGAAUAUAACGUGUUGAAGAAACUGAUUCAGCUUGAGGAAAUUACUUCGCAUCAGAGCAAAAAAGUGGCAUCGCUGAUUGAAGAACUCAAGGAUGCAAGAGACACUAUCGCUCAGUUAAACCAAACUAUUCAAACAAACCAGAAGUCAGUUGAUGGCACUACAUACGUAAGAUGGGGGAGAACAACAUGCCCAGACACUGCAUACCAAGUUUACACUGGAUACGCAGCAGGAUCUCAUUACAAACAUAGUGGAACCGCUGUCGACCCUUUAUGUCUACCAAAGAAUCCAAUAUACGACAAAUAUACUCCUGGAGUUUAUGAUGGUGUUAUAUACGGUGCAGAGUAUGAGACACACCACCAUUCAUCAUGGAAACAUCUACAUGACCAAGACAUUCCGUGUUUAGUGUGUAGAAUACCAAGGAAUAACUUGUUGAUGGUACCAGGACGAAAUAUCUGCCACGACAAUUACCAACUGGAAUACAAGGGCUAUCUAAUGUCAAGCCAUCACAAGCAUGUAUCACCGUCUCAAUUUAUCUGUAUUGAUGAUCAGCCGGAAGCGUUAUCCGGUGGUUAUGCCAAUCAUAAUGGCAAAUUAUUCUACUUCGUUAGUGGCAGCUGUGGAUCACUCAAAUGUCCGCCAUAUAGAGAGGGUUUUGAGCUCACCUGUGCCGUUUGUUCAUAUUCACCUAAUGCAAAGUCUACAAAUAUCCAGCCAUAUAAGUAACUGACAAAAUGGUUAUGGUUUUGAAGAUAUCCUUUAUUCAUUUGCAAUUUCAAGUGAUUCUAAUGGACAUCACUUCAGAAGAGUACUUUGAGUCUGCUAUGAAAUAGCGACUUUUAUCGAUCAAUCAUUAUUUCAACAAAUAUGCUUGACAUAAUAUAUGCUUUGAAUUUCUAGUACCUGCUUAUUCAUCAAAGUAUGUCUUCAUAACAUAUUCAACAGUAUUUUAAUCAAAAUAUGUGUGUUUUAAAUAAAGUUCCAUGAAAGAUUGCAGA